AUGCAAUAUGCCAAGAGUGCUUCACUUCCCAUGACCACAGGCAAGAAACUGUCUUCUUUUGGAAGUGAUCAUGUGAGUAAUGUUCAGCUAUAUAGAAGUGUAGGAGCUUUACAAUAUGUGACAAUCAUAAGGCCUGAAAUCUCCUACAGUGUGAGUAAGGUUUGCCAAUUUAUGCAAACGCCAUUAGAGGCUCAUUGGAAAACAGUGAAGAGAAUUCUGCGGUAUCUAGCUUGCACAGUUGACUAUGGUCUUCACUUGAGACAGUGCUCUACGGAUAACCUAGAUCUAGUUGCAUUUUGUGAUGUAGAUUGGGCUUCAGAUGCUGAUGACAGAAGGUCCACCUCAGGGUUUUGUGUAUUUCUUGGUUCUAACUUAGCUUCUUGGCAGUCAAAGAAGCAACACACAGUGUCUAGAUCAUCUAUAGAGGCUGAAUACCGGAGUUUAGCUAGUGUGGUGGCAGAGAUAUCUUGGCUGCAAUCCCUUCUAAGUGAACUAAAUUUUCAGCCACAUAAAACACCAAUAAUCUAG